AUGUAUAAAUGCGGGAUUGGAAAGCUAUCUGGUACAGAGUGCGGUUCAGUUACUGUGAAGGAUACAGUAAUUAACGAAUAUCAAGCGUUAAGUGAUUGUCAGCGCGAUAUUACGGGUCACUUGGAAAUGUUGAAAAUGCGUGGAGAGGACGUGUUGUCUGAGAAAGAGUUGAUUUUACUGAGAGCAGGUGAGAACAUUUUCAUAUCUCUUACAUCUGUCAUUGAAGGGAUGUUCAUGGUCGACUUAAAUUUGUAUUAGGAGUAUUUUCGGGAACCGCUGAAGUAGACUUCAUGGUAUGUCCAAAACAUCGAGAUACCUUUGGUUUAAAAUGGAGAGGGCGUAAGAAGAUUUGCCAGGUACCGGAGGGGGUCGCAUCUCACCGCUCAAAAAAUCACACGGGUGAUCGCACUAUCCACUACGAGCCUCAGCGCUCCGGAAGUUAAAAAAUUCGUAGGUAGGUAGGUAGGUAGAUUUUUUAUUUAAAACUCGGUAAAAUCUUCAGUAAUAAUAGAGUAAAAAUCUAAUCACAAUUAAUUAGACUAAAAACUAUCGACAUACUGUUUUACAAGACUGCCGAGUGAGAGUCCGACGACUCAAAUACAUGUUUGAUUUGCUCUUUAAAUUUCCUGACUGAUUUAGUUUCUCUCACAUUUUCGGGUAAAGAGUUCCACAACAAAGCACCGCUGUAACUGAAACUUCGUUUCAAGUAGUUAGUACGCGGCCUGGGCAACGUCAAUUUAUGAAAGGAAUUGCGCAAAUCAUAGUCUGUGCUUCGUUCGUGAAAUAGGUUCUGCAAGUACACUGGAGCUUGUUCAUUUAGAGAUUUAAACAUCAUUAUUGCUUUAUGCUUCUUUCUCCUUAUAACUAAUUUGUCCCAUUUAAGUAUAUCAAGAAGCAGGCUCGAGCUAGUCCCAUAGUUGGCCUUUAAAAUUACUCUAGCUGCACGGUUCUGUAACUUUUGUAAUUUGUCACUCAGUUGAUCACUUAAGCCAUCCCAAACAAGGCUACAGUAAUCAAAGUGAGGUUGAAUUAAGGAGUUAUAGACUAGUACCGCAGUAGAUUGGGAGAUAAGGGGCCUAAUACGUCUAAGGGCACCUAUAGCCGAAGUUACCUUCUUACACAAUUCGUUAACAUGAUUAGACCAGGAAAGCCGAUUGUCAAUAAUGAGACCUAAUGAUUUUGCGUGAUCAACAUUGCUGAUAACUUGGUCUUCUAGUUUGAUGUUUAUUUCGUUAUGGCUUUCCGCGAGAAGCUUCUGGCGAGAGCCAAUAACCAUAAACUCGGUUUUCGCAACAUUAAGACUAAGCUUAUUGGCUUUUAGCCAACAGUGAAGGUUCAGUAGUUCUAAGUUAGUCUCUUGUUCAAGGUCAGCUAGAGAGGAACCAGAAAUGGUAAUAGUUGUAUCAUCUGCGAACAUUUUAGCGCAUGCUGAAUUAAGGCAGUUUGGAAGAUCGUUUAUAUAGAUUAAGAAGAACAAAGGACCGAGAAUACUACCCUGUGGGACUCCGCAUCUUAGUUCGCUUGCACUGGACAAUACGCCAUUAACAUAACAUUUCUGGCUCCUGUUACCUAGGUAGGAGGCAAAGAAUCGUAGGGAACCCAGAUCAAGUCCAUAGUUUGCAAGUUUAUGUAACAAAAUUGCAUGGUCAAUGGUGUCAAAAGCCUUUUUAAGGUCGAUAUAUACCACACCAUUUAAAAGGCCGUUAUCUAUGUUAAUAGACCAGUUGUUCGUUGAUUCAAGUAGCGCCGUCAUGGUGCUAUGGAGCGAUCGAAACCGGGAUUGAUAAGUAUUCAAAUGUUUGUUUUUAUCUAGGUAAUCGUAGAGUUGUUGAUAGAUAAUUUUCUCGAAUAGCUUUGAGACAAUUGGCAAUACAGAAAUUGGUCUAUAGUUAUUCAGGUCAGAUUUUGAUCCUUUUUUAAAGAUAGGAGUCACCAGAGUACCGUCUGGUUGCUAUGAAGUGACGUAAUCAUCCCGUUGAGUAUCCAUCACCGUAACACUUUUGCGGUCAACUACCGCAGCGCUCGUAAAGUACUUUAAUUAAAACCGUGUUCAAAACCCUGUAGGAAGUCUGUUUAUUUUUGAGUCUUAAUGCACUGCUGACUUCCACGAGGUCAACUUUUGCAUAAAUUAUCAAACAUGAUGUUAAGCGGGAAAUCUACUUAUGGUUCGCGGGAGAAGCAACUUCUGUAGCGGCGCAAGACAAAUGUUUCGAGAGUCGAGGAUGUGCUCACAAACUAUUCACUAUGCGGCGAAAGGAGAUAUCACUGGCAUGAUACCUGCAUGCAAUGGUAAUUUUUAUCAAUCCAGGUCGCGCCGUGUUCGCUCGAGAACGCUGUGACAACUUCGUUUGGCGGGCUUCUCAAUACUUCCAAAACAUGUUGUAAUCGGUAAGUAGACUUAAGCACUUAGUAUCGCCAAGCCAUUCGAAUCAGUGUAUACCCAAUUCUUCGUCUGAAGAUUCGCGCAAACACGUAUACCAAGUACAUCUGGAUGGAAGAGGAAAUUGUCUCCCUAAACGCAGCCAGGUUAUAUUUUGAAGGAUGGCGGCACAAUUCAACGCGUCUUACAGGUCAGCCCUAAUUUAUAGUUCGUAAGAGUAUAAAUUGCGAUCUCCCUAUUUUCGCUUAAGAGCUUUCUUUGAUAAAACUUCAGUAGAAACAAAACAACGCAGACAUGACAUUCUCCUGCAUGAGACACAAUCGGCUGAAGGAAAUAUCUGUUUACAAGUCGGGUAAAUUGUCCAUUCCUGCGCACCGCAAAAUCAUUCGCUGGAAACCUGGCAUAUUAUUAAGCCUGAGCGCUUCUAAGAAUAACACGUUUAGAACUUCGACGAGUAGAAAAAAAAGGCAGUUGUUCUAUAUCCUUUCUGGUUCAUCCAGGUAGAAGUCCUGGGAUAUUAUUAUGCCUGAGCGCUUCUAGGAUAUAUAACACGUUUAGCAUUUCAACCCGUAGCCGUAAAAAACAAUUAGGUAGUUGUUCUAUAUCCUUUCUGGUUCACCCAGGUAGAAGUCCUGGCAUGAUAUCAUUAUGCCUGAGCGCUUCUAGGAUAUAUAACACGUUUAGCAUUUCAACCCGUAGCCGUAAAAAACAAUUAGGUAGUUGUUCUAUAUCCUUUCUGGUUCACCCAGGUAGAAGUCCUGGCAUGAUAUCAUUAUGCCUGAGCGCUUCUAGGAUAUAUAACGCGUUUAGCAUUUCGACCCGUAGCCGUAAAAAAAAAUUUAGGCAGUUGUUCUAUAUCCUUUCUGGUUCAUCCAGGUAGAAGUCCUGGCAUGAUAUCAUUAUGCCUGAGCGCUUCUAGGAUAUAUAACACGUUUAGCAUUUCGACCCGUAGCCGUAAAAAAAAAUUUAGGCAGUUGUUCUAUAUCCUUUCUGGUUCAUCCAGGUAGAAGUCCUGGCAUGAUAUCAUUAUGCCUGAGCGCUUCUAGGAUAUAUAACACGUUUAGCAUUUCGACCCGUAGCCGUAAAAAAAAAUUUAGGCAGUUGUUCUAUAUCCUUUCUGGUUCAUCCAGGUAGAAGUCCUGGCAUGAUAUCAUUAUGCCUGAGCGCUUCUAGGAUAUAUAACACGUUUAGCAUUUCGACCCGUAAAAAAAAAAAAAAAUUUAGGCAGUUGUUCUAUAUCCUUUCUGGUUCAUCCAGGUAGAAGUCCUGGCAUGAUAUAAUUAUGCCUGAGCGCUUCUAGGAUAUAUAACACGUUUAGCAUCUCGACCCGUAGCCGUAAAAAAAAUUUAGGCAGUUGUUCUAUAUCCUUUCUGGUUCAUCCAGGUAGAAGUCCUGGCAUAUUAUUAUGCCUGAGCGCUUCUAGGAUAUAUAACACGUUUAGCAUCUCGACCAGUAGCCGUAAAAAAGAAUUUAGGCAGUUGUUCUAUAUCCUUUCUGGUUCAUCCAGGUAGAAGUCCUGGCAUGAUAUCAUUAUGCCUGAGCGCUUCUAGGAUAUAUAACACGUUUAGCAUUUCAACCCGUAGCCGUAAAAAACAAUUAGGUAGUUGUUCUAUAUCCUUUCUGGUUCACCCAGGUAGAAGUCCUGGCAUGAUAUCAUUAUGCCUGAGCGCUUCUAGGAUAUAUAACACGUUUAGCAUUUCAUCCCGUGGCCGUAAAAAAAAUUUAGGCAGUUGUUCUAUAUCCUUUCUGGUUCAUCCAGGUAGAAGUCCUGGCAUGAUAUCAUUAUGCCUGAGCGCUUCUAGGAUAUAUAACACGUUUAGCAUUUCAACCCGUAGCCGUAAAAAAAAAAUUUAGGCAGUUGUUCUAUAUCCUUUCUGGUUCAUCCAGGUAGAAGUCCUGGCAUGUUAUUAUUAUGUCUGAGCGCUUCUAGGAUAUAUAACACGUUUAGCAUUUCAACCUGUAAACGUAAAAAAAAAUUAGGCAGUUGUUCUAUAUCCUUUCUGGUUCACCCAGGUAGAAGUCCUGGCAUAUUAUUAUGCCUGAGCGCUUCUAGGAUAUAUAACACGUUUAGCAUUUCGACCCGUAGCCGUAAAAAGAAAAAAAAUAGGUAGUUGUUCUAUAUCCUUUCUGGUUCAUCCAGGUAGAAGUCCUGGCAUAUUAUUAUGCCUGAGCGCUUCUGGGAUAUAUAGUAGCAGUUUGACCCUUAGAAAAAACAAACUAAGCCGUUCAUUUUGUAGGAGAUAUUUAAGCGUUUUUGUCUGUGUUAGCAAUGUGAUCGACUUUAUACGCAGACCUUAAUAAUAUGUUUUUUUCUUUGACGGCACUGAAUAAUUUUAGCCGAAACUUGAGCCGUACAUUUGUUGAAUGCCGCGCUUUAAUUAAAUUUCUCGCCCUAGAAUGAUGACAUGAUGGCGCGAAAAUUGACGCCUCUAUCGUAUUAGAUGCGAAAUAUGAUCAGAGAUAAAUGGAAUAGUGAAUGUUACAAGCUUCUGAGUAUCCAGCUGAGAUAGGGGACUUUUAGUCCCCUAUCUCAGCUUGAUAAACAAAUUUUUUUGGUUGCUAAGACGGUGCGGCUCGUUAUGGUAGGAAGCUGUCAGAGGAAAUCUUCAACAGGACUGGAUCACUUAUACCCAUCGGCUCAGGUAUUCAACCGUAUUAUUUUUCUUUAUUAGAAAUGUUGCACAAACUACCGUAUUCACUAACAAAGCCCUUCUCGAAUGUUAUCUUUCUUUAAGCAAUCUGUCGGCAGUGUCGUGAAAAGCUGAACACAAGCAUUACAACACAUCAAAAGAAUUCACAAGAGGUGAGGGAAAAUAGUGAACGUAAUGACUAUAGUGGAUUCCUUAUGGCUGUUAAGCCGGCUGAUCCUUCUCUUUUCGUUUUUUUUCCUCUCCUCAACAACUAUAAAGCCGCAGGCAACUAUUGUGUUGCGUAACCUGUGGCGAUAAGCUAGUAAUGGGGCAGACUCGUACCCAGUCGUUGCGUUAGGCGUGGACAAAUCAAGGGACAGGGCAGGAAAAAAAGAGAAAGCGCAUCGCCCUGGCCAAUUUUGUGAAAGAAUAGUUAUAAUGAUAGUGAUUAUGAUAAUGGUACUAAUGAUGAUAACAAUAUAAACAAUAGUAAAAAUUAUUUAUAAAAACAUUACACGUUUCAAGAGAGAAGAAAUAUGAGGUAAUAGCUUUACUCUUAAAGAAGGGCCUGCAAAACGACAUCCAAACUUUGUAAAGAAUGCCGAAUGAAGACAGUUGUCGUAUAACCCACGGAAGAGGUUGUUAUGCCAUUGUCUGCUAGCACUUGUGUAAUAGUUUACAUUAUGUUUUCAUUUUUAACGUAUGCCACUGAGGGCGUUUCUAGAGCCAGUAAGGUAAGCUUCCCAGGAUUUAAUCAAGAACAGGGAAUAGAAAAGAUUUCACGAGAUCUUGAGCAUUUGGCCUUUAGCCCUGACAGCAGUCUAUUCCAGCCUUCCUCGUCCCAGGAGGAGACGCAGUCCACAACGUCAACACUUGAUGACAGCAUCAGCCAAGCUACGUGUGCGCAAUACCUUAAACCUCCAGAUAACACUGACGAAGGUAAGGUAGCCGCAUUGCAAUGGUUUGUGGAUGAGUGCAGUACUGGGCCUCUUGGGUCUAUUAUGAAGCGUCCAUGGACUGAUGCCACCUCGAAAACACGUGAAUGCUACAUCCGUAAAGCUAGUACAAUUAUCUCAGAGGUCUUAAAAACCGUAGCGCCGCAGUCCGCUCCAGAAUUGUGGGAGGCAGUGAGAGGAAAGAACGAAGUUAGCCACCUCCUUGGGUCUGUGCAUAAUGGCAGUGAUCUACUAUUAGCUGUAGUGGAGUCUUACAAGCAAGCGGACACAUCCAAGACAAGGCGCCAACUAUUAAGUCUCGUGGCCAGUAAAGUGACUUAUGCAGAACUGGUAGCAUACAUACCUCGACUAACAAGAUAUGAGUUCACCGCGGCAAGAAGAUACGCGCUUGAGGUAGGCGCAGGACUUACUGUACAGUCGGAGGCCAAACAGAUAAGAGAAAAA